UAAGCAGUUGAUAUUUACUAAAAUAAUUUCAUUUCCAUGUUCUCUGUACUGUGGGAGACCAGAUAUAGUGAAUGCAGGGUGCUGGUGGUCCAAUUGAGUGAAUGAAUACUGGACUAGAUCACUGAUGAGCUUCCCCUGUAUUGGGUAUCAAAAUGUGGAACCAACAAAAUGUAUCCACAAAUGGUCUAUCUUAUACCAAGAUGGAAACAGCCCAGAGAACCACAUUGCAUUUCCAUGUUCUGUGGACUGUGGGAGACCAGAUAUAGUGAAUGCAGGGUCCGGG